AUGGCGCUGGGUGACAACCUGCCCACUGUGGCUGCCUUCUCGCUCGUUGAAGCAUAUCUACUACAACGGAUGGUCUUUGCAGAGACCGCAUUCCGUACGCUUCUAUUGUAUACCUUUAUCGUCACGCUUUCAGCACAAGGUUUCUAUAGCAUCAUUAUAUAUCCACUACUGUUGAACCCUGUGCGGCAUCUCCCGAAAGUACCGGGCUCUGCAAGUCACUCGCAGCUCAUCUUCGACAGCCCGCGAGGCAGCACACCGCUGAUAUGGAUGAAGACCAUCCCCAACGAGGGGCUCAUCCACAUGCGCGACAAUCUCAACACCAGCUAUAUCUUGCCAACCAAUCAUCAGGCCCUACUCGAUGUCAUGAGUACAAAUACCUAUGAUUUCGAGAAGCCCUGGCGCAUGCGCAACUUCCUCGCGCGGAUCAUCGGUUUCGGCAUGAUUACGUCGGAAGGCGCACACCACAAGAAACAGCGCAAGGCGCUAACCCCCGGGUUUAACAUCAAGAACAUCCGUUCCAUGUACUCCUUGAUGUGGCACAAGACAGGCCUAUUGCUUGAUGAGUUGGAAAAGGAAGCAAAGGCGAAUCCCAUGGAAGGAACUAAACCCGAGGAUGGUGUUGGUAAGAUUGAGAUGGGAGAAUGGGCCAGCCGUCUCACACUCGACAUUAUAGGUCCCGCAUCGAUGGGACGCGACUUCAAUUCUAUUCAGAACAAGACCAACAAGGUCGCUGAGAGUUUCGCUAGUAUUCUGGAACCAACAAAGGAGAAAAUGGCCUUCCUCGUGAUGAACUUCACCCUCCCACAGUGGAUGGCCAAGCGCGUUCCGUGGCGCAUGAACAAGAUCCUGGAGACGGAAACCGCCUAUCUACGCAAAACUUGCAACGAGAUCGUGCAAGAGAAGCGCAUUCAACUCGCCGAGUCCAAGGCUUCGGCACAAGACCUCGAAGCCGACAUUCUCGGUACAAUGAUGCUGGGCGGCGACUUCACAGAUACCGAGCUGGUAGAUCAGAUGUUAACAUUCCUCGCGGCAGGCCAUGAGACCACCGCCAGCGCUUUGACUUGGGCCUCCUACCUUCUCCACCAACACCCGGACUACCAACAACGAUUGCGCGAAGAGAUCCGAGCCAAGAUUCCCAGCGGCGACUCCCCAAUCACACACCAGGACCUAGAAUCCCUCCCUCUCCUCAACGGAGUCUGCCAAGAAGUCCUCCGCCUAUGGCCGCCGGUCCCAACCACCAUCCGCGAAGCAGUGCGGAACACCACCGUAGCCGGGAAAUUCAUCCCCACAGGUACACGCGUGGUCCUCUGUCCGUGGGCCAUCAAUCGCAGUCCACUAUUCUGGGGCGACAACUCCGAAGAAUUCUAUCCCGAGCGAUGGAUCGACACCGAUAAGAAUGGCAAUCAGAUACCUAAUAACAAUGGAGGUGCAUCGACGAAUUACGCGCAGAUUACCUUCUUGCAUGGUCAACGAUCGUGUAUUGGGAAAGAUUUUGCGAGGGCGGAGUUUAGGUGUGCUGUUGCGGGUGUCGUGGGGAGGUUCGCUUUUGAGAUGCAGGAUCCUAAUCAGGAGAUUCAUGCUUCUGGGUCGGUUACUAUCAAGCCUGUGGAAGGGAUGCAUCUUGCCAUUCGGAGGAUUGAGGGAUGGUGA